GGCGCGGAGCGGGGAGCGGGCGGAACGGGCGGCGAGGAGCCUGGCGGCAGCCGAGUCAAGACCCACCACUGCCGUGGGCCGGAUGGGUGGCACGGUGGGGCUUGGGCCCAGGGACCCCCAGGGUGGCUGAGCCAUCCCAUGGCGGCAUCAAGUGCAGGUGCCUUUACGUGGGUCUCCUUCCCCUCCAUGCCCACGCGGCGCGUGUACUGCAGCGCAGCGCACCACGACGGGCAGCUCUUCGUGCUGGGGGGCUGCGGAGGCAACGGGAGAGCCCUGGGAGCUGCCGAGGUUCUUGACCUCCAGGCCGAGCGCUGGACCGCACUCCCUCCGCUGCCCACGCCACGGGCUGGUGCUGCCACCCUCGCCGUGGGCAAACAGAUCCUGGCAGUGGGUGGUGUGGAUGCCACGCAGAGCCCCCUCGCCUCUGUCGAGAUCUACCAUGUGGAUGAGGGCAGGUGGGAGAAGAAGGCAGCGCUGGCACAGCCCUCCAUGGGCAUCGCGGCCGUGCAGCGAGAUGGUGCUGUCUAUGUGCUGGGGGGAAUGGGAGCAGACACCUCUCCGCAGGCGCUGGUCCGUGUCUAUGACCUGGCAAAGGACCACUGGCAGCCGCUGCCCUCCAUGCCCACACCGUGCUAUGGGGCCUCUGCCUUCCUGCAGGGCAACAAGAUCUUCGUCUUGGGGGGCCGGCAGGGCAAGCUGCCCGUCACCGCCUUCGAGGCUUUUGACCUGGAGACAAAGAGCUGGAUGCGCUACCCCAGCGUGCCCAGCCGCCGCGCCUUCGCCUCCUGUGCCAUGGCUGACAGCAUCUUCUUCAGCCUGGGGGGGCUGCAGCAGCCAGGGCCACACAACUUCUACUCCCGACCCCACUUUGUUAACACCGUGGAGAUGUUUGACCCAGCACAGGGUGCAUGGUGCAAGCCCAGCCGUGCCAUCCGCAUGAGAGAGAAGAGAGCUGACUUCGUUGCCAGCUGCCUGGGAGGAUACGUGGUGGCCAUGGGCGGCCUUGGGAACCAGUCAUGCCCGCUGGACUCAGUGGAAGGGUUCAGCCUCACACGGAAGAGGUGGGAGCUGCUGCCCCCCAUGCCCACUGGCCGCUGCUCCUGCUCCAGCUGCCCAGCCCCUGACCUGCUCUUCGUCAUCGGUGGGGUGGCCCAGGGCCCCAGUGGAGCUGUCGAGGCUCUCUGCCUGCGUGAUGCACCCUGAUAACAGCUCUACAGCCUGGGGAGCAGCCCCAGCAGAGCAUCAAGUGCCUGAAGACGGGGACAGGGUGUGCACGGCUCCAGGAAGCUGCCAUCCCACGACACCAAGUACUGCAGCAGCCAUGGUUUCUUGCGACACGUCUGAAACCCCUCCAGGCUCCCACAGCAGUGGAGCCCAGGGGCAAGUCCUGGUGCCCAGGGAGGGCCGAGGCUGCUGGAGUGGGGAGCCGUGGAGGUAGGGCUGUCGCUGGCCAUGCUGCCCCAUCCGGCACCGUGUCCGUGCCAUGUGUGUAGCAGUGAGUGCUGUGUCGUUGUAGACCCAGUUGAUGUCUCAUGUAGCGCAGAGGUGCCAUGUAGCUCAGUGCCUAGGAGGUGAUGUAGCACCUCAAAUAAAUGAAAUGUGAAGUUUUA